AUGGGAGAGGGAACGGAGAAAUGGAUAGAGCACUACAGUAGCAAGCAGAAGAUACUGCUUGUCGGAGAAGGGAACUUCUCCUUCUCCCUGUCUCUGGCCAGAGCCUUUGGCUCUGCUGCCAAUGUCACGGCCACCUCCCUCGACAGUCGUGGGAAAUUAGAGCGAGACUACGGUACUGAAGCAUUGACGAACAUAGAAGAGUUGAAGGGCCUAGGCUGUACGGUCAUGCAUGGUGUUAACGUGCGUAUCAUGAGCCGACAUGUCAAUCUGUGUUCAAAACGCUUCGACAGAAUCAUCUUUAACUUUCCCCAUGCAGGGUUUGACAUCAUUGGUAAAGAAUAUGAUAGUUCUACUAUUAAGAAACACCAGGGUUUGGUGAGAGGGUUCCUUGAGAACGCGAGGAGGAUGAUUGACGUGGACGGAGAAGUUCACAUAACUCACAAGACGACAGAUCCGUUUAGCAGGUGGGAUAUAGAGGAUUUGGCUGAAGAAGAGAGUCUCUGUCUUGUUAAGAAGGUUCCGUUUUACAAAUGGGACUACCCGGGUUACGUUAACAAGAGAGGUAGUGGUAGCAAGUGUAACUCCACUUUUCUUUUAAUCUUAGCGAUUAACGAUUAUAAUAAUUCCCUACGUACUUUUAUAUUAUAUAUAUUAUACCCGAUAUCUGAAUUUAAUAUAUGA